GCAACAGUAACAGACCUUAAGAAACUUUACGCCUAAACCGCAUCUCCAUACAUCUUUGUGUUUUAAAAUAUAGCCUACGCUUGGAUAUACAACGAGAUCCAAAGAACUUUUUUCAGGAUAUUAUAGAAAGAAAAAAAAAAUCUCAAUAAUAUGGGAAAAAAUAAUAUCUGCUUUUUGUCUGUUUGGAUAAGUUUGGGAAACAUCUUUGCAACUUUUUCUUCUGACCCUGAACUCACCACCACUGUGUUUGUAAACACCACAGUCACCGCUUCUCCCCUGCCGACCACUGCUGAAUGGAUCACAGACUACACUGACAUUGUGUCCAAGUUCUCCCUGCGCACUGCGGACAUCCCAGAUGAAGACAUGUGCUACAUUGAGGCCGGCAGGCCAGAGACAAUCAAAGAGUGUGAAUUCAACUCAGAAACACAGAGCUUCAUUGUGAUCCAUGGCUGGACGGUGACAGGGAUGUUUGAGAGCUGGGUGCCCAAACUGGUGUCGGCUCUCUAUGAUCGUGAGCCCGGUGCCAAUGUGAUCGUGGUGGACUGGCUGACCCGUGCCAACCAGCACUACCCGAACUCUGCAGCUGACACUAAACUAGUCGGCCGCGACGUGGCCAAGUUUGUUACAUGGUUACAGAAAGAGCUACAGCUGCCCUGGGAGAGGAUUCAUCUCCUGGGAUACAGUCUGGGAGCACAUGUGGCUGGAAUUGCUGGAGACCUCACAGACCAUAAAAUCAGCAGGAUCACAGGUCUGGAUCCCGCUGGUCCCACCUUUGAGGACGCAGAAAACCAGAACACCCUAUCCCGAGACGAUGCCCAGUUUGUGGACGUCCUACACACCAACACCAGGGGCUCCCCGGGCCGCAGCAUCGGCAUCCAGAGACCUGUGGGCCACAUCGACAUUUACCCCAACGGAGGCACUUUCCAGCCGGGUUGCGACAUCUCAAAUACAUUGAUGGGGAUUGCAUUGGAAGGCCUCAAGGGCCUCCAAAAUAUGGACCAGCUUGUCAAAUGUUCCCACGAGCGCUCAAUCCAUCUGUUCAUCGACUCUCUGCUGAACACCCAGCAGCAGAGCUUGGCCUACCGCUGCAACUCCAGAGAGGCCUUCAACAAGGGUCUGUGCCUCAGCUGCAGGAAGAACCGCUGCAACAAGCUGGGCUACAACAUCAACAAGGUCCGCAUGACCCGCAGCGUCAAGAUGUACCUUAAGACUCGUGAAAUGAUGCCGUACAAAGUUUUCCAUUAUCAAGUGAAGGUGCAUUUCUUCAGCAAGGACCCACUGAGCUUCACCGAGCAGCCAAUGAAGAUUUCUCUGUAUGGAACCCACGGAGAGAAGGAGGACAUUUCCUUUGUCCUGCCGGUCCUGAGCGGUAACACCACUUUGUCCUUCCUCAUCACCACCGAUGUGGACAUUGGAGACCUGAUGAUCGUGAAGCUGCGCUGGGAGAAGGACACACUCAUCAGCUGGUCAGACUGGUGGGGCGGUGGAAAGUUCCAUAUCCGAAAGCUGCGCAUUAAGUCCGGGGAGACCCAGUCCAAGGUGAUCUUCAACGCGAAGGAAGGAGAGUUUGCUUACCUCGUCAGGGGAGGAGAAGAUGGAGUCUUUGUCAAGUCAAAAGAAGACAAAAUGAACCGUAAAGAGAAAUUGAUGCACAAGCUGAAAAUGCAGGGCAGUCUUUUUGGGCUGAACGAUGCUUGAAGUUGCAAUUGAAUACACAUCAUGCACACAGCAUCCAUCUCUACAUACAUAGCCAAAGAUGGACAGUACACAGCGGCACUGGGAAAGCCUUUGCAAGUAACUGGACGUAUACUGAAUGCUGUUUUUGUUUUUCUGAUUUUCCUUCUGUUGUGUUUCAUCACUUCAACUUUCAGUGCAACCAACACAACCGUAUUCACAGUGCUGGAAAUUAGUCUGCCCACAAGCUCUCUCCUGUCUCUCCACAUAAUGUGCAUAUUGCUGCAUAUCUUUAUAAUCAUUUGUUUAUGCUUUUGUAGCCCACAUGUAUUGUUUGUACUGAUGUUGAUGUAUUUUGAACCCCUGAAGUGGUGUGUUUUCUUUGCCUAUGUGAACUUGGAUUAUUGUUGAUGUAUAAAUGAUUCAGAGUGAUAGGCAUAAUUUAAGCACAUCUUCUUUUUUUCUUUUUUUUUAAAUGUACAAAAUGAUUAUUUUGUCACUAAUGCUUGUCUUUACCGAACCACUAAAUUGCCAACAAUCGACAGGGACCAAAGAAGUAUUAACUGUCUACUGUACGGAGAAUCACAGCGGUCUUUGUAAAUACCUUUUUUAAUCAGUAUUAUAUAUAUAUGUUUUUGAACAUGAGUAAUGUGUUAAUAUCUGAUCUCUUGAAGCCUUGCUUGUUCUUUGAUUGUAUUUUGGUUAUUGUGUCACUGGUCACUUUAAAAGGCUCUCUGUCCCCUGCAGCCAUUUAGAUGUUAAGGCCAUUGAGAUCGAGGUCCAACAGGGAUAUGCAUUGCUUCUUUAUCAGUUCAUGAAUGGGUCAAAGUGGCUUACCUGCAACAGUUUACCUCAUUGACUAAGCUCCAACAUGCCCAUAUUUUGAAAGGUCAAACAUAACAAAAAUGACUAAAAAUAAUCAUGCAGGUCUUGGUAAUUUGUGAUGGACUGGCCUACAUGAUAGCCAUAAUACAUCUCAAGAAUACUUCAUAUUGUAUUUAUUAAAUGUACAGUUAUAUAUGUGUAUAUUAAGCUGUAAUAUAUUUAGGAAGGCUUCCAUAGUCGUCUGUAUUUUUUUUAAAUUUUUUUUUAACUAAAUGAAGCGUUAUGUGAUUUUAUGCACGCAGCUCUGGAAAGAUCAAUCAAAUUGGUCUCCAUACCAGCUUCAGUGCAUUUACUUUUAUGAACUGAAAUGCAGUGCACUGUAUAUAUAAAGAGCCCUGGAAGGUUCAAUAAAGAGAUAAACCACACA